AUGACCACUGCUUCAAUUGAUAGACCUUAUGUCCACGAGGGCGGUAUAAGACCCUACUUUGAACAGCAAAUUCAAGACACCGAGAUUCGAAUUCAGCAAACAACACAAAACUUGCGUCGUUUGGAAGCCCAACGUAAUAAGUUAAAUAACAAAGUAAGACAAUUGAAAGAUGAAUUGAGAUUGUUGCAAGAGCCAGGAUCCUUUGUUGGUGAAGUCAUCAAGGUCAUGGGAUUAAAGAAAGUCCUUGUCAAGAUUCAUCCAGAAGGGAAAUAUAUUGUCAAUGUUACCAAGGACAUUGACGUUAAGAAAUUAACUCCUUCCAUUAGAGUUUGUCUCAAAGCUGAUUCUCAUGAUUUAUAUAAAAUAUUGCCAAACAAGGUCGACCCUCUUGUCUCAUUAAUGAUGGUUGAAAAAGUCCCAGAUUCCACCUACGACAUGGUUGGUGGGUUAGACAAGCAAAUCAAAGAAAUCAAAGAAGUUAUAGAAUUGCCCGUGAAGCAUCCAGAAUUGUUUGAAUCAUUGGGUAUUGCUCAACCUAAGGGAGUCAUUCUUUAUGGCCCCCCUGGUACUGGUAAAACCCUUUUAGCAAGAGCCGUGGCCCAUCAUACCGAAUGUAAAUUUAUUCGUGUUUCUGGGUCAGAAUUGGUGCAAAAGUAUAUUGGGGAAGGGUCUCGAAUGGUUCGUGAAUUGUUUAUUAUGGCCAGAGAACACGCACCCUCCAUCAUCUUUAUGGAUGAAAUUGAUUCCAUCGGUUCGUCCAGAGUCGAGGGCUCUUCAGGAGGUGAUUCAGAAGUGCAAAGAACAAUGUUGGAAUUAUUGAAUCAAUUGGACGGGUUUGAAAGUUCCAAAGAUAUUAAGAUCAUCAUGGCUACCAAUAGAUUGGAUAUUUUAGAUCCGGCAUUAUUAAGACCGGGGAGAAUCGAUAGAAAGAUCGAAUUCCCGGCCCCAACUGUGGCUGCUAGAACUGAUAUCUUGAAGAUCCACUCAAGAUCAAUGAACUUGACUAGAGGUAUCAAUUUACGUAAAAUUGCUGAGAAAAUGAAUGGAUGUUCCGGUGCUGAUGUUAAAGGUGUUUGUACUGAAGCCGGGAUGUAUGCAUUGAGAGAACGAAGAACCCACAUAACCCAAGAAGAUUUUGAAUUGGCUGUGGCUAAAGUCAUGUCCAAGAAUGAUGAAGGUGCAGUUUCCUUGGCUAAGUUAUUUAAGUAG